GUGGGGCCGGGCUGGAAGGGGCGCGGCGUCGCUCGGCGCUUCCGCAAUUGUGGAGCUGCGGGAUGUCUGCGCUGCUGCUGCAGCUGGCGGGGCUCGGCGUGGCGCUUGCGGCCGCCGUGCUCAUUUUGGUAUCUGUCAUUGCAUUUAUAACAGCUACAAAAAUGCCACCACAUCACCAACACGAAGAAGAGAAAUUCUUCCUUAAUGCCAAAGGCCAGAAGGAAACUUUACCCAGCAUCUGGGACUCACCUACCAAACAGCUGUCUGUUGUUGUGCCUUCCUACAACGAAGAGAAACGGUUGCCCGUGAUGAUGGAUGAAGCCCUGAACUACCUAGAAAAGAGACAGAAGCAGGACCCUGUGUUCACUUACGAGGUGAUAGUGGUUGACGACGGCAGUCAAGACCAGACGUCACAGGUCGCUUUAAAAUACUGCCAGAAAUACGGAAGUGACAAAGUGCGAGUGAUAACGCUGGUUCAGAACCGCGGGAAAGGAGGUGCUGUGCGGAUGGGUGUGUUCAGUUCUCGAGGAGAGAAGAUCCUCAUGGCAGAUGCUGAUGGAGCCACAAAGUUUCCAGAUGUUGAAAAACUAGAGAAGGGGCUGAGUGAUCUCCGGCCGUGGCCUGAUCAAAUGGCCAUCGCCUGUGGAUCUCGAGCUCAUUUGGAGAAAGAAUCAAUUGCUCAGCGCUCUUACUUCCGCACUCUGCUUAUGUAUGGAUUCCAUUUCCUGGUGUGGUUCCUUUGUGUCAAAGGAAUCAGGGACACGCAGUGUGGGUUCAAAUUACUGACCCGAGAAGCAGCAGCCCGGACCUUCUCAUCUCUGCACAUCGAACGAUGGGCAUUUGAUGUAGAACUGCUAUACAUAGCACAAUUUCUUAAAAUUCCAAUAGCGGAAGUCGCCGUCAACUGGACUGAAAUUGAGGGUUCUAAGUUGGUUCCGUUUUGGAGCUGGCUACAAAUGGGCAGAGAUCUGCUCUUCAUCCGCCUGCGGUAUCUGCUGGGCGCCUGGAAGCUCGAGCGAACACGGAAAAUGAGCUAGUUUGCCGCCGGGACCGGACUGCACUUUUACCUACGGUGUCAUACAAUUUCACUUGAAAUCAGGAUUUUUCAAUGAAGCUGUGAUGGACCCAUCCUCACUAUCUGCAAACCAUGAGAUGUCUUUGGGGACAAAUAAAUUUUUACGUAUUUGUGUCAUAA